GCCCAGGGCAGCUCAAACAGACUUUACAGAAGAUAGGAAGGGCACCAGUGCAGCUUCUCUACAGCAACAAUCUAACUUCUCUCAUUACUAAGGCCUUCAGCACCAUGGCGCAUAAGGAGUUCCAGCUGGCAGGGAAGAAGCCCGGACUGCAGAUAUGGCGGGUGGAAAAGAUGGAUCUGAGCCCUGUUCCACCUCAGCUCUACGGAGAUUUCUACACCGGGGAUGCAUACAUCAUCCUCUCUACCACGUCUGCUCCAUCUUACAACGUGCACUCAUGGAUUGGUAAGGAAGCCUCCCAAGAUGAGAGCGGGGCGGCUGCCAUUUUCCUCACUCAGCUGGAUGAUCAUCUCGGUGGGGCUCCGGUGCAAUUCAACGAGUUCCAAGACAACGAGUCAGUCACCUUUCUGGGUUACUUCAAGUCCGGCAUCAAAUACAAGAAAGGCGGAGUAAAAUCUGGAUUCAAGCAUGUUGUGAUCAACGACAUGAAUGUGAAGCGCCUGCUGCACGUCAAAGGCCGCCGCAUGGUCAGAGCCACUGAGGUGAACUUAUCCUGGGACAGCUUCAACAAAGGAGACUGCUUCAUCAUUGACCUUGGAAAGGAUAUCUACCACUGGUCUGGUAGCGAGAGCAACCGUUAUGAACGAAUUAAAACCACUCUGAUGGCUGGAGACAUCCGCGACAAUGAGAGAAACGGGCGCGCUGAGAUUCAUAUGAUUGAUGAAGGUUCUGAACCUGAGGCUGUCAUCAAGGAACUUGGACCAAAGCCAGAGCUACCAUCAGGAAGCUGUGAUGAAUCCCAUGAAACGUCCAAGAAGAAGAAGGCAUCUCUGUACCUGAUUUCUGAUGCUGCUGGUAGCAUGACAACAAGUUUGGUUUCCAGUUCAUGCCCAUUCAAACAAGACAUGCUGUCCUCCAGUGAAUGCUACAUCUUGGACAAUGGAGAGGAUGGCAACAUAUUUGUUUGGAAAGGACCCAAGGCCAACACCAAGGAGCGUAAAGAAGCACUGAGUAAUGCUCAGCAGUUCAUCAAAGAGAAGAACUACUCCCACAAAACUAAGGUUCAAGUCAUCCCCGCUGGGAGCGAGACCACUCUGUUCAAGCAGUUCUUUUUCAAAUGGCUGGAGGGAAAGCUCUCAGUCCAGACCCACUCUGUGGGCAGCAUCGCUGACGUGAAGAAGAUUCCCUUCGAUGCCUCAAAACUCCAUGAUAAUAAAAAGAUGGCUGCCCAGCAUGGUAUGGUGGAUGACGGCUCUGGUAAAGUCCAGAUCUGGCGUGUGGAGGGAAGUGAUAAAGCCCCUGUGGACCCAUCCAGCUACGGACACUUCUAUGGAGGAGACUGUUACCUGGUGCUUUAUUCCUACAGUAAUGGAGGCAGACAGAAGCAUAUCAUCUACACCUGGCAAGGCCAAAAGUGCAGUCAGGAUGAACUGGCUGCUUCGGCAUUUCUCACAGUCCGACUGGAUGAUUCAAUGGGAGGAGUGGCCACUCAGGUCCGCGUCACUCAGGGUAAAGAACCUGCACAUUUGGUGAGCCUGUUUAAAGACAAGCCGCUGGUGGUCCACCUGGGUGGGACGUCCCGCAAGGGUGGAGAGAGCAAACCUGCCGGCACGAGGCUCUUCCAUAUCCGCCAGAGCUCCACCAAAGCACUGCGAGCUGUUGAGGUGGAAGCCACGGCCUCUAGUCUGAACACCAACGACGUCUUUGUGCUGAAAUCGCCCAACUCCCUGUUUGUGUGGAAGGGGAAGGGAGCAAGUCUGGAUGAGAUGACUGCAGCCAAGUACGUUGCUGGCAUGCUGGGAGGAACUCCGACCGAGAUGGAGGAAUCCAAGGAACCAGCUGGUUUCUGGUCUGCACUGGGAGGAAAGAAAGACUACCAGACCUCCAGUACCCUCCAGAAUGCAGCAACGCCUCCAAGACUGUUUGGCUGUUCCAACAAGACCGGUCGGCUCAUAGCUGAAGAGGUGCCGGGUGACUUCUCACAGAUCGAUCUGGCAACUGACGACGUCAUGAUCCUGGACACGUUGGAUCAGAUUUUCGUUUGGAUUGGAAAGGAUGCAAAUGAAACCGAAAAGACUGGAGCACCGAAAAUUGCCCAGGAAUACGUAAAUUCAGACCCCUCUGGACGCAAAGGCAUCCCAGUCACCACUAUCAAGCAGGGGGAGGAGCCACCCUCUUUCACUGGCUGGUUCCAUGCAUGGGACCCCAAGAUGUGGAACCUAUCCCCUCUGGAACUCAUGAAAGUCAUAAGUAAAGGGCAUUAGUGGUGGAAACCAACAUGCUUAAUACUAUACACCCUCUGUUUGAAGCAUAAUGAGCUAUAGAAGGAAAAAAAUCUUUAAAAAAAAUAUUUUCUUUGCUGUUUUUCUUAUACAUUUAUUUGCUUACACCUGUGAAACGAUUGUUUUUUUGCAACUUACCAACAUUAAAAAUCACAAUGCAAUUUCCAAGUUUUUUGAUCCACAUAUAAUAAAACCAACAUGAAAUUAAUUGGAUCGUGUAUUUCAGUUUUGCAUAUUUUGGAAACAGUUUGCAAAGACAAAUAAAAA